CCGACAGGCUUCUGGUUCUGCCACCACUUCGCCGACGAUCGGGGAAUGACACAGAACAUCGUCCUGAACGGGCCGGCCCCAUGGGGGUUUCGACUCUCCGGAGGGAGGGAUUUCAACCAGCCCCUGUCCAUCUCCAGGAUCACUCCGGGCAGCAAGGCGUCAAUGGCAAACCUGCGUCCAGGGGACAUCAUAUUAGCCAUCGACGGAGUUCCUGCAGAUGGCAUGACUCACUGUGAGGCACAGAACAGAAUCAAGGACUGCGGCUACCAGCUGAACCUCAGGAUCGAGAGGCCUGACAUCAGACUGUGGUCCCCUCAAGUGAGGCAGGAUGGUACAGCCCACCCAUACAAAGUCAAUUUGGAGGCAGAGCCAAGAGAGCACAGGCCGGUCGGCGCAGGCCACAACAGACGGGCCCAGCCCUUUGUGGCAGCAGCCAACAUUGAUGACAAAAGGCAGGUGGUGAGCACAGCCUACAACUCGCCCAUAGGCCUGUAUUCCUCAGGCAAUAUCCAGGACGCCCUUCACGGACAGCUGCGGGGCCUUGUCCCUGAAAAACCAGAGAAUAUUAACAGGCUGUCCUCCAUUGAGGAGUCCCAUGUGUACCGCAUGCUGCAGGAGAAGGAGGAGGCGCCACAUGAGCCCCGCCAGUCUGGAUCAUUCAAAGCCCUGCAGGACUUUGUGGAUAGUGAUGGUCCUUGGCCCAUCAUCACAAGGACCGUGAGAGCUCCGGUGACAAAGCCCCCAGCUCCCAGCAGCACCCUACAGAAACUGCCCAUCUGUGAAAAGUGUGGGAAUGGCAUUGUGGGGACGGUCGUGAAGGUCCGGGACAAUUUCCGCCACCUGGGCUGCUUUGUCUGCUCCGACUGUGACAUGAACCUCAAGCAGAAGGGCUACUUCGUGGUGAACGGCCAGCUGUACUGUGAAACCCACGCUCGUGCCCGGGCGACCUCGUGACCACACACCCCAUGUCAGAGAGUUCCUGCAAAGCACAUAAAUAGGGCCACAGCAUGUCCUAUUUAAUGGCCCCCUUUGACCACACUCCACAGAAAAUAAAUGUCUAAACGAAUGGGUCACUUCUAAAAUCACAAUCAUUAUUUACAGUCAAACAAUUAAUCAAUACAGCGCAAUUAAUUCUGAGUAAUUGUUACCUCUCUGAACCAAAAAAUGGCAAUAUGGCAGUGCUUGAAUGUGGCUGUCCUUACUACAAAGAAUGACUUUUUAAAAAACUACACAAAUAUGUAACAAAAUAUUUUCUUGCAAACUAUA